AUGGCCACCCCCUCCUGCCCUCAACAAACGCACCAUCUCAAAAUCGACAUAGACUUCGACCGCAUCCUGACCAUCAUCUUCCCGCACGGCACCUGGGCCAGCCUCCUCCUCACCCAUCUCGAAAGCCGCCCCUACCACGCCGACUGCCGCGCGCUCCUGGACGACGAUUACACCGGAGGCGCCCUGGCCCUCGUCUUCGACAGCAAGCGCUGCGCGCGCGACUGGUUGGCUAACUCGCCGCUGUGGGGGGCGUCGGGGUCGGGUGGGGUGGACGCGGAGAAGUCGGUGGUGAUUAGGACGAGGUGGAUGCAUGGGGAGUUUGAGCGGUGUUUGGACAGUAGUAUGCGGGCACCUGCGGAGGUGGUGGUGGGAGGUUCGGUCGUGCCAGUGGUCAGCUUCACUGCGGCUCCGGCUCCGUUCGCAGGUAGUGACGUGAUAGGAAAGUCGGUUGAUCCGUAUCGGAGACCGAACACGAAGCGAACUGGGGGGGAAGAGAACCGUUCUGGCGGCCACGUGGCGGGAAACAGUUUGGUACCUAGCUAG